AUGAAGGGAAGCCCCUCCCGAAGGCUACCCUCUCGGCCCAUACAGCCCCUCCCGAAGGCUACCCUCUCGGCCCAAACACCCCCUCCCGAAGGCUACUCUCUACGCCCAUACAGCCCUUCCCGAAGGCUACCCUCUCGGCCCAUACAGCCCCUCCCGAAGGCUACCCUCUCGGCCCAUACAGCCCCUCCCGAAGGCUACCCUCUCGGCCCAUACAGCCCCUCCCGAAGGCUACCCUCUCGGCCCAUACAGCCCCUCCCGAAGGCUACCCUCUCGGCCCAUACAGCCCCUCCCGAAGGCUACCCUCUCGGCCCAUACAGCCCCUCCCGAAGGCUACCCUCUCGGCCCAUACAGCCCCUCCCGAAGGCUACCCUCUCGGCCCAUACAGCCCCUCCCGAAGGCUACCCUCUCGGCCCAUACAGCCCCUCCCGAAGGCUACCCUCUCGGCCCAUACAGCCCCUCCCGAAGGCUACCCUCUCGGCCCAUACAGCCCCUCCCGAAGGCUACCCUCUCGUCCCAUACAGCCCCUCCCGAAGGCUACUCUCCCGGCCCAUACAGCCCCUCCCGAAGGCUACUCUCUCGGCCUUAGCUUAA